UCUCCAGGUUCAUAGGUCAGAUUCCUUGUCAUUUUCUUUUGGGUUGUCUGUAAGGAGAGAAAAACUGGAAUUGCGUUAAAAAAAAGACCUUGUCAGAAUACGAAGUGAUACAUUGUUUUAUUAAUGUGCAUGUGUAGGCAAAUCCGGUGUCCUGCAUGUUUUCUAUGACUCCCUGUUGCAACACAUCUGAUUGAAAUGGUCAUAUACUGUAAUGAACAAACUGCAGAAGCAGGAUAGCAAUCCUCCUACCUCCCUCGAGGACCGUGGAUUUGCCUAACGGAUGGGUGGAUGGAUGGAUAGACUGUGUGUGGGAUCAUGUGACCACCGCGGUCUGUGUUGCGACUCAGCACAUGUGACACAUGCAGGUGCUGGUUGACGCAUGGGGUGCUGCUUGAUAUCCGAGGACACCAAACGAAAAAAUGUCCUCAGCCGUGUCCAGACGGAAUAGCUGCCGUGGAAGUCAAUGUGGAACUCGAUCAUCAUCAUCAUCAUUGGAAUGUAGACGUCGGGCCUCCAAUUGUUCCUACUUAGCAACAAGUGAGGAGCUUUCCGUCAGCUUGAGCCAACCGAUAGUCACCAUUACGCUGCGCUUCUUUUUGGCCAUCGACCUGUGGUUGUCCAAACGAUUCGGUGUGUGCGCCUGUGAGGAUUCAUCCUGGGGUGGCAUACGACCCCUAGUGAGGUUGGUGGAGUUCUCCGGGCAUGUUAUCCCCUGGCUCAUCGGCACUCUCUACGCUCUCCUCUGUGGGCAAACUGUGCCCGAGCAGGAAAUCAUGCUCAAUUUGGCCCUGGCACUCCUUUUAGAUCUGCUUUUGGUCAGACUCGUCAAGACUGCGAUCAGACGUCGAAGGCCAUCCCAGAACCGCACAGACCUCUUCUCCACUUUCUUCAUCGAGCGCUACUCCUUCCCCUCAGGCCACGCCACACGAGCGGCAAUGUGCGCCCGCUUCCUGUUAGCCCAACUGGUCGACACUAACUCCAUGCGAGUGUUAGUCUUGGGAUGGGCCGGCCUGGUGAGCAUGUCCCGACUGCUCCUGGCCCGCCACUAUGUGACAGAUGUGGGCUUUGGUUUGCUCAUGGGUUACUGCCAGUAUGACCUUGUGGAAAGGUUAUGGGUGACUUGGGACUGCCUGCAGGAUCUGCUGUUGAUGAGGCUGCAGGAAAGACUUAACAAGGUUUAUGGGUGACUGUGGAUGGCCAGUUGGACACAUUAAAAAUAAAGACCAUUUGUCUUAUGUG